CAAGUAUAUGUUGAGACCUAAUUAUACAAGUGGCGCAUUUUCCGAAGGACACCAUCUUUGACGUGUAACUAGUGGCAGAGCGCGAAUACAAAAUUAGACAUUACUGUGGUCGUAAACAGUGUCAUUGUUGGUUAUCACUCUAGAGAUGUGCGAUAACCUCUUACGUAAACGGCGAAGAUAACGUUUAAAGCCGUCGAACUUACAGUUGCGAUGGCGAAUCCAGAAAUUGUGAUUGUAGGUUCCUGUAUGAUAGAUCUUUGCUGUUACGUGUCACGCUUACCAAGAUCGAGCGAGACACUGGAAGGUUACAAGUUUAAGAAAGGUUUUGGAGGAAAAGGUGCAAAUCAGUGUGUAUCGGCUGCUAGAUUGGGAGCUCGAACAGGACUAGUAGCUCGCUUGGGUGAUGAUGUGUUCGCAAAGGAGUACCUCGAGGAGCUACAGAAUGGUGGGAUUAAUACAAAGCAUGUCACAAUUACGAAAGGUGUCUCCAGUGGAAUGGCCCAGAUAACAGUGGCUGAUAGUGGGGAAAACCAGAUAGUGAUUGUACCUGGAGCUAAUACAUAUCUUGAUGAACAAGACAUAAAUAACGCCAAGGAAAUGAUUAUAAAUGCUAAGAUUGUCCUUUUCCAAAUGGAGACACCUCUUAAGACUACAAUGCAUACUCUUCAGCUCAUGCAAGGAAAUAAGGGAAUUUCCAUCCUGAAUGUAGCACCAGCCAGUUCCAGCCUUCCUCCAGAGAUUUACGACCUUGUUGACAUAUUGUGUGUCAAUGAAGUUGAGGCUGAAACAAUAUCAGGCCAUUCUGCAUCAUCCGUCAGUGAAGCAAUUCUGGUAGCAAAAGAUCUGCAAAAGAGGUCCAAAUCUGGUCGAUGUUCCAUCGUCCUGACUCUGGGUGAAUUUGGAGCAGUAGUUGCAGAAGCUGGAGGAAAGGAUGCAAUCCAUAUACCAGUUCCACAGCAUAAGAGUACUUUUGGUGCUGCACCGGUUGUCGAUUCAACAGGUGCUGGAGAUUCAUUCUUGGGUGCACUGGCAUUCUUCCUCGCACGCUGCCCGAAGUUGUUGUUAACCGAGAUGGUCAGCAGGGCAUGUGCUGUGGCAUCCAUCAGUGUACGAGGAGAAGGAACACAGACUAGUUUCCCUUAUGCACAUCAACUACCGCCUGAAAUAUUAAUGAAUUGUUGAUAUUGUACAUAAUAUUUGUGAACUGGGUGCAUUAUUUCAUUACACUUAUUUUGGAAGACUGUCAGCAUUGUUAAGUUGAACACAGGGUGCUAUGUUAAUUUCCGUACUGAGAAGCCAACAGAAGUAAAACUUUUAUGGAUAAAAGCUUUUGGAUAAUGUGAUAUCAAUAGCUGAGUUGUAAGGGAUAAAUGAUACUAACACAUGUUACAAUUUCAUAAUGUAAAAUUAUGUAACAAUAAUAAUAUCAGGUGCUAUGCGGGACAGAGUCUCAUAAUACAAUUAAUUUCAAUAUUUA